UUUUUUUAUAGAUUAGGUUUAAACAAACAAAUACAAUUGAAAAAAUAAUAAUUUUAAACAUAAGCUGUAAAAUGUAAUGAACAAAAAUGUAAAUGUUUUGGGAGGAAAAAGUUACGUCACUUUGUGGCCUAGUAGCUGGUAUUUUUGCUGACCUCAUGUAGACAUUUCCGCUAACUGUCUACUAGAUGUAGAAUUCUUUUAGCUGUGUGAUGUUUGAUGGGUUUCUUGCGUACACUGUCCAUUUCAUAUCACCCUUAGCAUAACAAAAGAAUUAAGAUCUGGACUUUGACUUAACAUUAACAUUACAGAGCUCUAGUUUUUCUGUUGAGACAUUUCUUGGUGAAUUUACUUAAACGUUUUUGGUCAUUUUCAUGUUGCAUGGUCUAUCUUCAAUUACUGUAGCUUAUAUUUUAAUCAAGCACCCUCUGAUAUAGUGAAGAAUUAAUAGAUGAUCUAUGACUAAGAGCAUAUCAGGGCCUGCUGCAGCAAAACAGCCACAAAUCAUAGCAUUUCCACCUCCAAGCUUCACAGUUGGUAUAAAGAUCUUGGGCCCUAGUGUAGACCCUUCGCAAUGCGAGUCACAAUGCUUGUUGCUAUCUUACACCCCAUCAACAGUUUAUUUUCAUGCCUUGUGCCCCUGUAGGAGUUUAGGAAUAAAAAUACGUGUAAGGCGUAUUUUUUGUGCCCUCACGAUACCAAAGACACACUGACACGCCCCUAAAUCCAGCUGCACAAUCUGCAAUUGACUGGUGCACUAUAGAUCACUAAAAUAAGUCCCCUUCUGUUCAGAUGCUGUGUUUGGUUUGCUCCAGAAGUCCUGGUAUUGUCUAGGUGUUGUCUGGCAAACAUUUUCACGUGAAAUUGCUCUAAUGUUUGUUUUUUGACAGCAAGGGUUUUCUCCUUACAUUUCUCCCAUGUAAAUCAAAUCCAUUCGAUCUGUUUAUGAUGUUUGAUGCUGUACUUUGACAUCAACUGUAAGCAAGAGCUACCUGUAGGUCUUAUGAUGACAUUUAAGAAUUGAUGAACACAGUGUAAUGUGUAUUCUGUAUGUCAUUGCAUACUGUUACACCUUGUCACUCACGAUGAUCAAAAUGACAGAUCACGUUGUUGUUGGUUUUUUUUUUCAGACUUAACCGAGGUAUAUAAGUUUAAAAUACUUCACUGGAUCAACAAAACUGCUGAUCAGGGUGAAACUGUUGUUUUAUACUGUAAUGGAAGUGAGGAUAGUGGAGAAGAUUUUGUUUGGCAUAAGAAUUGGAAUGCUCUUUUUAUCUACAGCCCCUUUAUUAACCAAACUGUAACAAACUACACAUCAAGCAGGAUGAGUGUAGAUCCCAGUGAUCCACGGAAACUACAGAUAUCUAACGUUCAGCCUUCAGACGCAGGAACCUAUCUAUGCUUCCCAUCAAGAAUUCAAUGGAUUCUGACCAUAAAAGCUUUUACCAAGGCAAAUAUUUUUAAACCAUUUCCCUGGAUCAACAAAACUGCUGAUCAGGGUGAAACUGUUGUUUUACACUGUAAUGGAAGUGAGGAUAGUGGAGAAGAUAUUUUUUGGCUUAAAGAGAAGAAUCUUCUUUUUAUCUACAGCCCCUUUAUUAACCAAACUGUAACAAACUACACAUCAAGCAGGAUGAGUGUAGAUCCCAGUGAUCCACUGAAACUACAGAUAUCUAAUGUUCAGCCUUCAGAUGCAGGAACCUAUUACUGCUCCCCAUCAAGAAUUCUAUGGAUUCUGACCAUAAAAGGAAUAUCUGUGCCUGCGUCACACAAAAGCACUAUUUUUAUCAUUGUCCGCUCAGUUGGAGGAGCUGUUGCAGUGGGCCUGUUGAUCUUCUGUGCUGUUUGGAUUCCUAGGAAAUGUAAGAAGUGUGGGGGCUCUGCUCAGGGUGGAACAGGGGCUACAGUAUAACAGGCAUGAAUGAAGCUGACAUGGAUCAAUUUCACUGAACCUCCUUAGACUUCAGGGUCUUCAGAUAGCAGGAUCGACAGUGGAUUCUCUGGCCAAUCCUUUCUGAAAACAAGAAAAAAGUGAUUUUACUCAUUUAUAAACUCAUUAGCUUUUUGUUUAAAUUAUGUGUCUUAGAAAUGGAGUUAAUUUGACUUAAUGAACUGACAAACUGAACUGUACUGUAGUUAAUAGUAGUAUUUGUGUUUUUGCUACCUGAGUUAAACAAAUUGAUACUAACAAAUGGGAUUUAUAUGAAAAAUGUCAUUAUUGUCGUCUAUGACUGCAAUAAAUGUUUAUGACUUCUAAUAAAUAGCC